CUUGUGACAGUGUUGGUGUUACAAAUGAAGGCCACGCCACUGGUCAAGCUACAGAAGUUGGACCAGAAGAGAGUCAAGGUGACAAAGUUGACUGGUUUGCUCUCAAGGCUCACAUAGAUCAACAAUGUGCAUUGAUAAGAUCAGAAAAUGCAUUGUUGCCUUCAAAGAUAAUUUCCUUACUUCAACAACAGAAUAUCGUAUCAAUGCCCCAAUGUGAUGAUGGUCAUGGUGGCAACUGUACUAGUGAUGAUUACAUGAGAACAUACCAUGAACAAUUUCCUCAUGUUGAAGAGCAGCUUCCUCAGGUUGAUGACCAACCUCCUCUUGAUAAAGAGCAACCUCCCCAAGUUGAAGAGCAACAUCCUCAGGUUGAUGACCAACAUCCUCUUGAUAAAGAGCAACCUCCCCAACUUGAAGAGCACCCUCCCCAAGUUGAAGAACACCCUCCAAAGAGGCCACUAAAGCGUUCACACUACAAGAAAUCACCAUACACUGACCCUUUUCGUCAGACUAGAUUGCGAUGAGAAGAUCAUACCCAGUUUGAUCCUUCAAGGGAGAUUAAUCCUGAAAAAUAAAAGAUGUUUGAUGAACAUUUAAGAAGUCAAAAAAGUAUUGAUUGUGGGCUUGGUUUACGAACUAUAGACUAUUUCCAGCGAAUUAUUAAAGACCAUGAAUGACUAUUUAGUGAGCACAUUGAUGAUGCUUUGUUUGGCAUUAGAAAGCGACAACACGAGUAUCAAGAUGUGAUUCCACAAGAUGCAAUCAUUUUGGAUGAAAAUUUUACUCAAUUGGUGACCAUCAACUUCAACUCUAACCCUAACAUUAUUGAUGAUGAAAUAAGUCAAUAUAUUUCAGGGAAUCAUCCGCAUUUUUGGGGCAAGAAAUGGAAAGGCUCAAAAAAGUUGUAUAUGCCUUUAAACAUAAGGGACCAUCAUUGGGUUGCAGUUAAAGUAGACUUACAAGCAUUAGAGUUGUUUGUUUAUGACUGCAAUAUUGGAGCGACCUCAUCAAAAGAAAUGGAUGCUUUGAUGUUGCCACUCCAAACGAUAAUUCCGACUAUGCUUCGUGUAUCUUCACAAUUUGAGGACAUAGCACAAUGUCUUCACAAACCAUGGACAUAUACACGCUUACUUAGUGUUCCACAAAAUUCAAGGGGAGAUUGUGCAGUGUACACAAUUAAGUUCAUUGAGUUUGACAUGGCUAGUUGUACUUUUGAUCAUCUUUCAGAUGACAUGAUAUCAUUCUACAGAAUGACGAUGGCAGUAGAUAUUCUUUGUCAAGAUUGGGAUCUUUAGUAAUUUGUAUAUUUUAAAAUGUUUGGCUAGUUUCAAGAAUGACAAUGUUUUAAAAACUUUAUACGUAGUUGAAGAUCAUCAUGAAUUUCUCUAGAUUUUCCAACCGUAUACUAAUGUCGGUUGAGCUUUAAAUUUGAAGCUUAUUUAGUAUUUGGAAAUCUCAACUGGAUAUAGUCGAGCUCUACUCAUGUCAGU